AUGUCUCGUAUGGUGAAUAUUCUUCUAUUGGCUAUUUGUUUCAAUGCAAUCACACAUAUUGAAGCAUCAGAUUUUGGAAAAUUUAUAAAUAAAAUCUCUACAACAGCAUCAAAAAUAAAAAGCCAACUUUUCGAAUAUUUUCAUCGUUUUCGAAUGUUUUUUACUCGUCAUACAGAAUCAACGCAUCAUCUAAUGACGACAAGAGGUUGUGGAUAUGCGGUGGAUGAUGAACCAAUGAUUUACAAUAAACGAGCAAAAAUUGUAUCGAAAAUAAAAGGUGGCGAUGAUGCUAUUUGGCAUACGUGGCCUUGGAUGGUUGCAUUGUCGACAAAGCCAAGUCAGAGUUGGAUGUGUGCAGGUGUGCUCGUUAAUGAAGAUACGAUUCUAACUGCUGCACAUUGUGUAUUCAAUAGAACAGCUAAUGAAAUUAAAGCUAUUAUUGGCGUACAUACAAUACUUGGCAAAUUAAAUCCUUUUAAUUAUUAUUCAAUCAAAUCAAUAUAUCGACAUCCAGACUUUGAAGAUUGUUGUAAAAAUGAUUUAGCUGUGAUUAAAUUAAAAAAACGUGUACUUUACGGACCGAAAAUAAAUUCGGUUUGUUUACCAUUUUCACAAGAGUUUACUGUGGACAAUGAUCAAAAUUUAAUAAAUCGUACAGGUGUUAUUAUUGGAUGGGGUGAAACUUCACAAAAUGCAAUGACUAAUUUUAUUAAAAGUUCUUCUUUACAGCAAGCUGAUGUACUUAUUUUCGAUAAUGAGUAUUGUAAUCGUGCAUAUGAGAAGAUAUUUGAUCCAGCUACUGAAAUUUGCGCCGGUGACUAUGAACAACGAACAGACACAAUGAGUGGUGAUUCUGGUGGUCCUCUACUAAUACGUCAAUCGGAUGGUCGUUGGAUUGUUCUUGGUAUAACAUCCUAUGGCUCGGAUAUUACACCAAAUCUAUCACCAAGUGUUUAUGUGAAACUAUCAGCAUAUGAAAAAUGGCUUGAACCAUACUUAAAAUCAAAUUAA